AUGAACCACAAAUUCAGAGUAUUUGUAUCCCUGGCUUUCCUAAGCCUGAUAGGACUUGUUGCUGCCGGAUGUAGCUAUCAAGGCCCAGCAUUCUCUUUACCAGACUACGAGAAUGCACCCCCAAUACUCCUUGAAGCUUUCACUAGAAUCGAGGCGGCGAUCCUCGAAACCAUCUCCGAUCCCAAGUUCAACACCACUUCGUACUCGAUUGAAGUAACGUCCUCUCACAAAACACUGUGGACUAGCUUCCACACUGCCCAGGACAAGAACAAAGACCGGCCAGGCGCAAAGGCUAUUACAGGUGAUAGCGCGUACCGCAUCGCGAGCAUCACCAAGGUCUUCACGGUUCUUGGGAUCCUUCGGCAAAGUGAGGCUGGAAAACUGAGUCUUGACGACCCCGUCGACAAAUACCUUACAGACCUGCAGCGCCGCCAGGAGGGAACAAUCCAAUGGAGGGACAUCACGCUACGGUCUCUCGCUAGCCAGCUAAGUGGGAUACCACGAGACUGGGCCCAAAGCGAUCUGAGCAGGGAACUCGACAUUCCCUCAAUGAUUGGUCUGCCAUCAGCAACCUCAUCUAAUCUCCCCCACUGCGACUCAUAUGCAGACUACAAACCAUGCACCGAGACCGAGCUGCUGGACUACUUGAGUGCCAGCACUCCUGUGUUUUCGCCAAACCAGAAAUCCACAUACUCCAAUAUCGCGUUCGAGCUGUUGGGGAUGGUGAUUGCCAACGUCACGGGCAGAACAUACGAAGAGUAUAUCGAGACUGCCAUCCUAGAACCGUUGGGUAUGAGUGGCUCAGCCUUCGAUAGACCGCCAGAUUCGCGUGCCGUCCUCCCCAAGAACGAAAGUUGGUACUGGGACAUCGACGAGGGCGUCCAAAAUCCGACCGGCGGACUGUACGCUUCUUCAUCUGAUAUGUCAAAGUUUCUCCGCUACGUACUCACGCACUAUGGUUCUAUCACACACACAGUCAACUGGCUCCAUCCCGCGUCGUUCACGGCGGGCAUGUCUUCCUUCUACGGUAUGCCAUGGGAGAUAUUCCGUACCCAUAAGAUUCUCGCAAAUAACUACGGCGAAGAAAACGAAGCUCGGGACAAUACCGGGACACCGCGCACUGUAACUUUCUACACAAAAGGAGGUGGAUUGCCAGGGUACAUCACCAACGUCAUAGUCGUUCCCGAGUACGAUCUCGGAAUCACGAUCUUCACGGGCGGUGAUACAUCUUUACUUGCCCUACUACGCGAGCAGGUGACUGUGCCUCUCAUUCAGGCCGCGGACAAGGUUGUCCAAGCCCAGAUAGAGCAUGUAUACGUUGGGAAAUACGUGGCCCCUGGCUCGUCGGGGUUAAAUUCCUCCCUUGAUCUCAAAUACACGGUCGAUCAAGGUCUACGAAUCGACAGGUGGACAUCGAACGGGACGGAUGUACUAGCUGCCCUACCGAUUGCGUUCCAGGCACCACCCACCCUGUUUGGGUUGCAACUUGUACCGACAUUCCAACAUCACGGGCGUAACAAGAGCAACGGAAACGGAAACGGAAACCAAGAUGGGGAGCUAUGGAGAUUCAUUCCAGUCAUGAACGUCACCGACGAGAGUAAUCGCGAGGGCAAAGUCUGGUCCGAUUUCUGCAUCAGCGAUAUCGAUUGGAUGAUUUAUGAUGGCAAUCCGUUCAAUGAGAUCGUGUUCAGGAACAGAGGCAAAGACGGACGCUAUGGGACGGUAGAGAUCACCGGAUACAAGGUCUCUUUGACACGAUCAGCCAGUGGUAAGUCGAUUCAGACGCCACUUGAAGAUGAGAGGCUAGUGGUGCAAGAUCUAUGA